CUAGUGAUGACGACCUUUAAGUAGUUGUUUGCUUAGCAAGCUAGCUACUUCAGUUAGCUACACCUGUGUUGGAAAGUGGGAUGUUUUUCUGAUGUUGGUUGACAUGAGAUGACACGUCUUUGGUUUGUCUAUAGACUGUCAACUGCUAUGGUGUUUUCUAGCUACAAGAACAGAGAUAUAAGUUGACUGAAGGUGUGUAUUGUUAGCCUCCUGCCUGGAUGUUAGAGCUGUGAUGGUGGUGUCCCCCCUGCCUUCAUUGUGACUCCUGUCCACCACCUCUGUCUCCCUUCCCAGUGCGUGCCACCAUUUCACCAUGACCCUGCAUCUUCUCCUGGUCCUGGGGCUCUUUUUGCUGCCUUGUCUGUCAUCCCAUGUUAUCAGCGAGUCCUGUGUUAUAGCCAGCCUGAAAAUGACAAAUCAAACCCAAUGCUUGGAAGAAUGCUUACUGUAUAUGACCUGUGAUCACUCUGUCUUUUGGAAAGAGAACUACACAUGCUUUUUCUUGAAGUGUCCCAAUGGCACUAACUGCAAUGAUAUCUCCGUCGAUGACCUGAUAAGGAUACAAGAUAAAAACAUCAGUGGUCUUAAGUGUGACGCUGGACCUACCACUGAGUCUUCAAGUUCCAGUUCCAUAACUUCAUCAGAAAUCUAUCAAAAUCCCACUGCUCCUGAAUUGACAGCCAGCAAUAAUGCCAAUCAAAUUACAGACACCUCUGCCCUCAAUGAGACUGACUCUACCUUGCAUUUUCGUGAGGAUAAUGGGCAGGCCCCCAUCUCCACUGCAUUUACUACCAUUACUGCAACACCCAUGCCAGCCGCUGAGAAUGACACCUUCAUUCCAAGUAAGACUGUUAGCAAUGCCUCCAGAGGAACUACAGUACCUGACAUACCCCAUAAGUCAACAGUCCAAACCUCUGAGACAACCACUUCAGUAAAGCAGGAACCCAGAACUACAAAGACUCCCUCAGCCCUGACCCCUCCACCAGCCAAUCCACAGAUGACGACAACAGCAUUAUCAACAACAAAUACCACUACUAUCACCACUGCAGUACCAGUAGCAAUGCUGUUAACUACCACCACAACACACCCAACAACAAAACCACCACCAACAACUACCACCACAACAGCAAUACCACCAACAACAACUACCACCACAACAAUACCACUAACAACUAUUCCAAACAUAACCACCCCUACCACCAUAGACUCAUCUACAGUUGUGGAGAGGAAUCCAUCACCAACCAGUCCGGCGGUCCCCAGCUCUCAAGCUACCUCCAGAAAUGCCAUAGUCCCUUCGACCUUCACUGUUGAGGUCAGCACAAAAAGGCUUGAUGGAGGUACCAACAGAGCCAUUAUAGACGUUGUUGCCGGGGGGCCUCUGACACGCCAGUUGGUGGACACAAGUAUCCUAUUGGCUGUCCUGUUGUUUGGCCUGGUCUUCUUCCUGGUUAUGGUUGUCCUCUUCCUCACACAGGCCUAUGAGAGCUACAGGACGAAAGACUACACCCAGGUGGACUAUCUCAUCAAUGGAAUGUAUUCUGAUUCAGGGGUUUGAAAGUUGAGUGUUUGUUUUUCUAAUUUCUUUAUUGGAACAGGAUUAAUAACUUGUGAGUUAACAGAUUGCCAAAGUAUCGCAACAGUGGUUUGUUUGUCCUAUAUUUCUGUCUUACAUUUCUACGCAAAUGCUUCCAGCCCCAACCCAUAGGACGAAAUACAUAUAUGGUUAAGUACUCUUUUUUUUUUUUUUCCUAAGGAAUGUCAUUUGGAUUGUUGUGGGAAAGAGGGUGAAAAUGUCCGGUGUUUAUUAUUUUGUUUGUAUCCAUUGCGUUGUGUAUGCAUGUCAUUUUUCAUGCCUUUUUUUCUUUGUUCAUGACUAGCAUAUUUCCUUUGUUUACCAUUCCUCUCCUUGGAUUAAGAUUGAAUGGCAAAUUGAUCACUGAAGCACAUUAACGUUGAAGCCAAGGGAAUUGUCUAGCCAUUUAUGAAGGAGGAGGAACAGUUUGUAUGAUGACCAAAAGAGACUUUCCAAGGCAGAGGAACUUCUGUCAAGGGUGGAAAUGGGUAUGAAGGCCUGUUAUGUGCCUUCAUGCACUGUUAAAUUAUGGUAUUUCACAAAAGAAAGUUUGAUAAAAUGGCAGUAGGGGAAAAUCAGCACUUUAGCAAUAUGCAUUAGUAGGCUGCUAGUGUUUCAACUGUUGUAAGACUUAAGAUUUCUGCAGGCCUGUGAACAGUAUAUGCUGUGUUUCCCAGGCAGGGAGAAAUAUUGAUGUUGUUUAUUACAAGGGCAUAUCAAUCAGUCUGGGUGUACUCAAGGUGGUGCACAUAAAUAUCCCACAUCUGUAGCCCAGUAAUUACUUCCUGGGAAUGUGAUGCACAUGUAAUGUCUGAGAAGGUUUGAAGGUGUGGACUAGGAAUUAAUUGACAGAAGAAAAUAAUGAGAGCAGGGAGGUGGUCCGACACCUUAACAAUGCACUCACCAGUGAUGCAUUUUUUUGGGGAAAACAACAGAUUCCAAUUGUAACAUUUAGGAGAAAACAACUUUUGGUACCUCGAGGCAGUUUUUAAAUGGUGUUUCUCUGCUGCGUUUCUGCUUAGCUCUCUUCAUUCCAGUGCUUUCUAAAAUGUCCUUGUUCAGACAUCUAUUACCUUGGACUUUAUCCCUGUUCCACACACAGUUCUCUUGGGAACUUCCUGGUCCAAACAUGCUUUAGUUUCCCAUUUCCUGGAAUAGUUAGCAAUAAAAUAACCUUUUU